GUGAGCCCUGUCACAAUCUAACCUGCUUCUGGCCCUCGUGUGAGCCUUGGAAAAAUUUCAGGCUAUGGCGGUGGAGAUGCUACAGGAUUGGUGCAGGUGGAUGGGUGUCAGUGCUCGUAAGGGCCUACUUAUCUUGGGCAUCCCGGAGGACUGCAGUGAAGCUGAAUUCCAACAGUCCCUGGAGGCUGCCCUGAGGCCCAUGGGCCACUUUACUGUGCUGGGUAAAGUAUUUCGUGAGGAGGAUAAUGCCACUGCAGCUCUGGUUGAGCUUGACCGUGAAGUCAACUAUGCUUUGGUCCCAAGGGAAAUCUUAGGCACUGGGGGUCCCUGGAACGUUGUCUUUGUGCCCCGUUGCUCUAGUGAAGAGCUUCUUGGCCAUGUUUUCCACUUCUUGGAGCAACAGGGGCUGACGGUGGACAGUGUGCCUGGAGCCCUGGGUCUGGAGUUGGACAGAAUGUGCAGGCUCCAGUCAGUUAGUCAGGCAGUUCAGCCCUGGGUGGAGACGUUGCGGUACCAGCGUUUGGGUGUGUUUUCUGGGAUGGUUCAGCCAGCCCCUGGGGAAGAAUACUUUGAGGCCUGGCUACAACACACAACUGACAUGUUUCAGGUAUGGCGAAGUGUCCCAGAAAGGGAAAAGAGGAGACGAUUGCUGGAGGGCUUGCGAGGGACUGCUCUGUACCUUGUACAUGAGCUGUUAGCAGAGAAUCCAGAAAAGACUGCAGAAGACUGCCUAGGGGCCCUGACCCAGGUAUUUGGAGACAAAGAGUCUCAGGCCACCAUCCGAAUGAAGUGUCUGACUGCUCAACAGCAGUCAGAUGAGCAGCUCUCUGCCUUUGUGUUGAGGCUAGAAGUGCUGCUGCAGAAAGCUGUCCAGAAGGGGGCUCUGGAGAAAACCUCCACUGAUGAUGUCCGCUUGAGGCAGGUGCUCACCAGGGCUAAACUGUCUGAGCCACUGGUUGAAGCUCUGAGGAGGCUGACAAUGACUGGGAGAUCUCCAACUUUCCUCGAGUUGUUGGGGCUUAUACGGGAGUCUGAGGUAUGGGAGGCAAGACUAGCCAGCAACAUUGGAGCACAGGUGUUGGAUGAAGUUGAUGAUCUGCCUCUUGACCAGGCUGAUGGCAGAGCCAUUGCUAAGGCAGAAGAUGAGAAUGUGGAAAAGGAGGAAGAUGAUGUGGUGGAACAGGCAGAGGAUGAGGUUGAAGAAGAGAUAGAAAACCAUAACCCAGAACACGGCUCUGUAGAGCCAAGACAUGCAGGACCUGAUGAGUCCCCUGGGGCUCCCACCCCAGCUCAGAUGGGCAGUUCUCCUAGAGAGUGCCCAGGGGGACCUGGCUGGGUGCUGGGCAGCCUUGCCUAGGCAGGAGAAGAUAAGGCAGAGGCCCCAUCCUGUACCAGCCUAGAACUAUUAAUGAAGGAUCAGCCCCAGCGUAGAGGAGAGGGCUUACAGAUAUCUGCUAUACCCCCUGGCCUGGAAGAUAUUAGGGAGAAAGAGUCUAUAUUAUAAGGAUUCUGAUUGCCCUGCUCUUCUAACCAGUCAGCAUACCCAGACAGGUUUAUGACACUGCCUUGGGAAUCUCAUCCUUACCUAUACUGUUCACAGUGACCGAGUUAUUGAGUAUGCACUUUCAUACUAGCUCUCCCAUCCAUAACACCCUAGGCAAAGUGUACCAAACCCAGAUGGGCAGAAGCCCUAACCCACCUAGCUAGUCAUCACUAUAGCCCAGCUUGUGCUGUGAACUUCCAUGCCAGCCAAGGCCCCAUUUGCUCUGCUCCUAACUCAUGUUGUGUAUUUCUGGUCAGCUUUCUUGAUAUACUUGCAGGUCAGCCACUUGCUGCUUGUUCCCUGCAGAUGGGUGUGUUCUUACCUGAAAAGGUCCUCCACAAAGAUUCCAAGCCAAGUCCUUGGAACCAGCCAAAGGGAUAUAUGAUUACAAUCAGGGACUGACUGAUGCUCAUCUUGUGGCUGAUUUCAACCUGGGGUGGGCAUGAAGACCUGGACUAAGGAUGGGUGGGAUCUGAGAACCAAGAUUUAAUGAUCCACUCUUGUUGUUACUUGUGACACUAGUUCCUCACUUUGGUGAAAUGUUCCUUUCUGUGCUUCCCAGUGUUCAGUGACUGUAUUAUGCCAGAAUAAUUCAGGAUCACCCUGCAAUGAGUGAUUCUUCUAGAGUCCCCCUAAAAAGAGAGAACAUUGUCAGAUGCCAUCUGGAAAGAGGCAUAUCAGGGGUCCCUGGAAAGGAAGCUGAGGGAUGUAGACCUCAGCGAGGCAAGCAGAUGAGGUCCUUCCCCAUGAAUCACACAAUGGGAUGAGGUUGUACCUGUGCCUCCAGCAGCUACUGGGAAUGUCUGUGUUGUCAUCCCC